AUGACGACACUGAAUCCGCCCUCUUUAUUACAAAGUUAUCUAAUGAACGCCUUUUCACCUACGACUAACGGUGGUUCUUUACACGAUUUUCCCAUCCUUCCCGAUUCACUGCCUGUAACCAUCGUUGUCGAACGCAUCGGCCAUGACCGAUCGUGGUCAGACGAACAGAUCCAAAGCGAUCUGGAAAUCUUGAAGUUCAAUCGACUCAACACAGUGCGCGAUCUGCGUUCGCUCUCCGAUCACAGCUGGUUUGUAAUCGAGUUAUUACCACUUGUCAAAGAUUUGAUUCGAAAAGCAGUGGAUCCAUCAUGGACGUUGCACACUCCAUUCAUCAACUCUCCUUCCGAUGAAAAGGGGAAAAAGAAAAAGGAUAAUGCGGAGAAGAAAAAGAAGAAGGAAAAGAAGAAACAAAUGCUGCGAUUACAACCAAUCAAUACCCUCGGUGAACCCGUUUUUCCUACCCACCACAUCGCCAACAGUGCCUUACCUGGUGACCGUGAACUGUCUCCUGAUGUAUCCGAUCAAGAAGAUGACGAACUGACCCAGGACCCACUCACCAUUCGUAAUACCAUUCGCAACGGCACCAUCGACACACGAGCCAUUCUCGCCGAAGCAUCACCGAUCUCCCCAACUUCAGGCACCAAGAAAUCCGUGUCGUUUGGAUCAGAGACCACCAUCAACUCACGAUUCGACAGAGACAUUGAGAAGGAGCAAAAAAAUUUAAAGCGACGCACCGUCAUGAUCGAUGGCGUUCCCAACUAUACCCUGCAACAUUACGGCCCCUCUGACCACGAAUUCCGUUUCCACAAGAACACGAUGGACAUUGAAAAAAAACCUACCUCUCCAGAUACCCUUGAUUCUCUGUCCGUACUUUACGGCGGUCGGCCGAUUCGGGCCGUCAGUGACACCCGGAUCCACGUUUUAACGGCGUCGGGCCAAGCGUACGAAUGUGACCGAUUCUGUCCUCAACAAGGAGAAGAUCUCGUAGACUGGGGCUACGACAUGAAUCAAGUCAUCUUCUUGAUGGAGAGGGCACAUCCCUAA